AUGUCGCUAUAUGAUAUUCAAAAUUGCAAUAAACCCUCUGUUCGCAUAUACGGGGAAUGUACUCUGUGCAAUCGUCAUCUUUGUGCGAAACAUCUAGAACCAAAUUACCACACCUGUCCAAGAUGGGAGGAAGAGGCUGAAUACGACCCCGCCGCUAGGAAAGCCGAACAGGAUGAGAUCACCACACUUGUUGAUAAAAUCAACAUUCCUGCGCUCAUUUCUCGAGCAUGA